AUGAAUAAUGAAACAAAAGAAGUGUUGACGGCGUUGACAAAGAAGUUGAAAUUAUUGCAAGAACGAUGUAUAUACGUUCAUAAUGCCAUUAAGAAUUUGCCAGAUGUGGGUCCUGUACCAAACAACAUUGAAGCUUCAAAUUACGUAGAGGCUUCACGAACAGAGAUACAAAAUUCGUACACGGCUAUUACGACGGACGGUAAUUUACUAACAAGUCAAUACCUCUCUGAAAUGAAACAGUUUACUGAAGAAGUCGAAAAAUUCAUAGCUUUUACCGAGGUAUCAAUUAAUGACAUGAAUACUGAAAUGGAAAGAUUUAAUAAUAUAAUCAAAACAUCACAAGAAGCCAGGUCAAGAUCUAGAGCAGAAAAGAAGCUCAUAAUGAAGACUAGAGUAAGAUUCCAAAUAUUUAAAAAAGCACUUCAUGGACUUCUAUAUUCUUUGUAUCCAGACGCUGCCAACAAAGCUAUGGAUGUUUUGGGGCAACUGAUGCGAGAGAAGUUCAAUGCAACAUCAAGUGGUUACAUUAAGGUUACAGAUGAGAACUACCCGACUAUACAAUUUCUGAGGCGAAAUGAACUGGUGUCUCAAAACCCCUAUAAUAUAACAGAGUUUAAACUUGUUUAA